AAAUUUUGUUAAUGCGGAUGAUAAGCAUCUGCUCCCAACGGAAAAAUAUAACAACUUCUUCUCAGAUACCGUUGCGUUGGCUGCCUCCGGAAGAGGCUCAAGUUUACCCACAAUGAAAGUCCAAGAUUUCAUCAAUCUAAAACAUGAACAUGGGACUUUCGAUCGAGAGUUUAGACGAGCUCAACUUGUCUCGCUAUUUCAGCCUGUAGCUUUUGGUCGCUAUUCACGAAUGUACAAAGUUUGUGAAUACUUAUUCGGGAUCAGCCAUCCGUUGACCAUGAAGAUGGGUUACGUUUAUACCAAAUGUUUGGAUGCGGCCAAGCAAGGCACGAUCUUGAAGGCAGAGGCCGACUAUGACUUGAAACAAGAGUUUGAAGAAGCUAUUGGAGGUCUCAAAAAUGGGGUGAUUCCACUUCCAUACUGGACUUCAUAUGUUGACAUUUCGAAGGACGAGGGGAGCAGAGAGUGGAACACCGGCUCUAGAGAAAAUGAGAGGCAUUAUCUACCGCUGAAGAAAGACCAUGUUUUAGAGGCUAUUGCCUCCACCAGUCAAGAGGAAGGGCACAAGUUCCUCUUCACGUUGAAGAAUUUAGAAGUAGACUCUAAUGAUCCCUGUCUUAGUCUGCCGUGGCAGGAGUUUGAGAAAACUGUCAAGUCCAACCUGAAGCAUGCCCAUACCUUGCUGGAUUUCAUCAAGUCAAACGCCGAAGAAUGUUAUGACCAAUACCAGCAUGCAUUAUACCGUGAAUGCAGCCAAUAUAAGGUGUCGUCAACAUGGAAGGAAAGCAGACCCGACAAAUUCAACUUCGAAGCUGCCGGCAGGACCUUUUGGGUUGACGGUCGAUUUGAGAAUGCAGUCAAAGCAGUCGAAAAUGAUCGUCACUCACUUACUUUUCUUCGGGGAAAAGGGAUAAUUGAAUACAAUAAUAUCCGAGCUUCUGCAUUAGCAGCAAUCGCACCAGAGCAAGACUUUUUUCCAUUCCAUGUGGUAUUCAAUGAGCUUUGUCACAUAAGAGCUUCGGCGGCGGAAAUCUGUUUCCAAGCUCAAUCCGGGAUCCACAGGAUAGGCCAUUGUCCCAAAUCUUUCGCUCCCGAAUUUUGGCAGGCCAUGAUGACCAAAAAGUCUCUCCUUCCGCCCGAGAAAUCUACUAUCCUGUAAUCUUCAUUUGUCUUUCUGCGGUGAUUGCUUUCUUUUAUCCAAGCCCUUCAAAAAGAGAAACUGAAAAAAAAAAAACGGCAAAACGGAUUCCAAGCUACUCUUGUAUUUUUACUGCUAGUUAUUUACCUGAUCAAACAUGGAAUCGGGGAUCAAGCUACGCAGAAGAGUUAUACCUGACUUUGUAAUUUUACGCGCGUUUCUGAACUGAACUCACAUACAUGACAAUGAAAGACAUCACAUAUCAAG